AAGCCAUUCGUAACAUUUUGGCUUACAGCCAAAGUGUAGAAGAACUUUUGAAACGCAGAAAAGUCUAUCGAGAAAUAAUUUUUAAGUAUUUGGCAGCACAAGGAAUUCCAGUGCCUCCUUCCUCUGAGAAACGUCUACUCAUUGAUCGUGUAAAGCAGUACUGGAGUGGGCAGCCCACAACACAUGCCUCGGAGUCAGGGAAUAGCAAACCGUAUGCAGAGAGUCAUGGACAGACACAAAAGUCACGACAAGAUUACAUUCAUCGUCUAGGACAAGAAUUCUGUCAGUGGUUCUUUGAUCUCCUGAACUCUCAACAUCCCUUGGGAGUAAAAGCUGAAGAAGGAUGGGGACCACAGCAUUUUUGGGAGGAUGCCAGAAUGAAGUUGCGUUACAACACAUUAGAAAAAAACAUGGAAGAAUAUGUUGGUGCAGAAAUGGUGAGCCUUCGUCUGCUCUCCUUGGUUACAGAAGAAUAUAUUCUAUUCAACCCUAAUUUGCGUGCCAAUGGGCUGAAAUGUGCCAUGUCUCCACAUGGGUUAGUACUGGUAGCAGUGGCUGGCACGGUACAUAGAGACAAGACUUGUUUGGGCAUCUUUGAACAAAUUUUUGGACUCAUUAGCUGUCCUGUUAGGGAGAAUACCUGGAAAAUAAAAAAUCUGAAUCUUAAAAUAGUUGGACAGAAUGCUCUGGAGCCUGGGAUGCAAAUUGAAAACCCCUCUAUAAAAUUCGAGUCAAAGCAACUGCAAGAGUUGUAUGAUGGGAAGGAACUGGCUCUGUUUUAA